AAAGGCAACAUGGCGUCGAUCACAGAAAGCAAGAUGAAAGAAAUGGAAGCGGAGAUGGACCGCUUUGAGGAGGAGAUCUCCACUGUGCAGGAGGCGCAGAGGAUAGCUGGACAGGCUCGGUUCAUCCUCGGUGCUCAGACCUUCCAGCAUGUGCAGCAACAGCUACAACAUCCACCACCGGGGACUGAAGCAGGCCCAGCAGGUAGUGGAAUGAUGCUACAAGCCCCGCCUCCUCCUCCACCGAGUAGCACUGCCAGUUAUGAACAGCAGACUAAUUAUGCCUUGGCUCCACCACCACCACCUCCACCAGAUAAUGGCUCCAAUCUCCAGCAAUAUCAUCACCCUCCACCCCCUCCACCAUCAUUCCUCCCCCCACAGCUGAGGCACAGACAUCCCCGUCCGCCUCCACCCAUGAUGGCACCGAGACCGCCGAUGGGGAUGCCACCGAGGGGCCCCCCGCCAAUGGGCCCACCAGGAAUGGGCAUGAGACCACCACCAUUAGGACCUCCACCUGGCAUGCCACCGAGGAUGAUGCCACGGCCGUUCCCACACCACAUGCCACAUUACCAUCAACAACGAGAAAUAAAAAAUGACGCCGUCAUCAUUGCCAAACCAAAGAUUGUAUACACAGCGCCCCCUGUGAAGAAGGCAAAGAAACGCAAGGCAAAGAAAGAAAAGACUGAUGAGCCAACCGUGGAGAAACCUGCGGCAGCAGAGGAUACUGUUGUGGAGUAUGAGCCGAGUCCGAUGGCUAGUAUGAUGGAGGAGGAUACAGGCAUGUCGGGGAUGGACAUGGAGGAGCUGAGUGGUGACAUGGACGAUGAGGCCGGCACAUCCAAGAAGGGCAAGGGCAAGAAGAAAAAGGUGGUGAGGACUGCCGCUGGUACAACCUGGGAGGAUGACAGCUUGUUAGAAUGGGAAUCAGAUGAUUUCCGAAUCUUCUGCGGUGAUCUCGGUAAUGAAGUCACCGAUGAAAUCCUAACACGAGCGUUCAGUAAGUACGGCUCGUUUCUAAAAGCCAAAGUCUGCCGCGAGAAACGAACCAAUAAAACCAAAGGAUACGGUUUUGUCAGUUUCAAGGAUCCCACUGAUUUUGUGCGUGCCAUGAGAGAGAUGAACGUCAUGAGUUGGCACUUUAUGCCUUAGAAUCAGAGGAGGCACACUAGCACUGUUUAGACAAGAAGUCUCUCCCACAGUCCUAGGAAUAUUGGAUAGAACGUCACGGGUCAUUCACCAGAACAUUCAACCCUGACCAUCGGGUGAAGAAGGUGGCCGUUAACAUAAUCAUGCUGUAGUUGAGGUUCACUAGUUUGUCAAAAAUGUCGUCAAGACUGAAAAGAAAUUGUCGUCAAGUACAAGGUGAGAGCAGGACUGAAAAUAUGCUUCGUUCAAGUUUUCGAAGCAUCCUAUUCCAUGGGGUAUAUGUCGCAUGCACAUGUUUCCGUUGGAAAGAGGAUCGAGUCACGGCAGAGAAGACUGCAAGAGGUCAUUGAAUUGUACACAAUCAGAAAGAUCCAUGGUGUCAUGGUUCAUUAUGAAUUCAUCAGUCUUUGAGUUAUCAUCUGGCCCUUCUGUAAGGUCAGUUAUCUCCCCGAUACACUUGUAAAGUAUCAACACCUUGUGUUCAACCUACUUUCAUUUAGCCAUUUAUUCAUCAGUUACCACUGUAUGCCUUAGAGGGGGCAGAAUGGUACUGUUUAGACAAGAAGCCUCUCCCACAGCCCCAGGAAUAUUGGAUAGAACGGCACUGUACUGGGUCCCAGUAAUAAAUAUUGCCUCAAGGACAUAUGAUAUUGUUCUGGGACUUAUGUAAGAUUAGUUUUCUCCGCCAAACCCAAAACUGAAGGAUCAACAACCUGUGUUUAGUCAGAACUUUGUAAGUUACCACUGUACGCCUUAGAGGGGGCAGAAUGGUACUGUUUAGACAAGAAGCCUCUCCCACAGCCCCAGGAAUAUUGGAUAGAACGGCACUGUACUGGGUCCCAGUAAUAAAUAUUGCCUCAAGGACAUAUGAUAUUGUUCUGGGACUUAUGUAAGAUUAGUUUUCUCCGCCAAACCCAAAACUGAAUUGGAUUAACACCUUGUGUUUAUUGGCUUAACAUAUGCAAACACUUCCUAAUGAACCCCCUACAAGAGACAAGUGGCUCUUUGUCUCUCCGACUUUGACACCCUCCUGCGAACAUAUCAAUAGAUCAGCCAGCGGUCCUUGGUGUCGCCGCGUGGGUUGACUAUGCCCAUUGAACUUGUUUGCAUAUGCCAGGAACCCACUAUCUGACAUCCAUAGCAGUAAUAUUCCCUAUUCAAACUGUUACAGUCGGGUGCUACACCACAGUCGGGAUAGUGGGGCCAAA